UUCUGUCGAUGUAACAUUUCGAUGUCGCUUUGAAAAAUUUGUGUUGCACAUUAGCUUCAACAUGUCAGGUUUGUUUCCAAAUCUUUUCCGUGGAAAAAAAUACCAUAAAUGUCCUCCACCACCGUCAAGAACAGCUACUCCGUUGCGCAAAGACGGGGGAUAUCUCUUCUACAAAAAAAUUUUCUAUUUCGUAGCCUUUCCGGUGAUAAUCGGCUUGUCAGCAAAGAACUACAUAGAAAGGAAGACGUGUAAACCAGAACGACCACCUUUCAUACCAUACGAGUACCUGAGACGUCGAACUAAACGAUUUCCUUGGGGAGACGGACAACGAAGUUUGUUCCACAAUCCUAGAGUAAAUGCUUUACCUGACGGGUACGAAAUUGAGGACGACGAAGGAAAAAAUUGUUAGAGAUAUAAAACUGUUAAUAUAAAAA